AUGCUCAGCAAAUUUGCGGUGCCUGUGGCUAUCCUAUUGAUAGUAUUGGGAAUAUGGGAAAGUGCCGUUCAUCUUUUUGAGAUACCGCGCUAUAUUCUGCCAGCCCCUUCAAAAAUUGUGGUGACGCUAUUUGCAAAACACGCGCAAUUACUGAAACACACACUUGUGACACUCGAAGAGAUGCUCCUUGGAUUUCUCCUCGCGGUUAGCAUUGGUGUUCCGUUAGCCGUGUUGAUGUUCGAGUUUCCAGCACUGGAGAAAGCCUUCUAUCCGUAUGUUAUCGGUUCACAAACGGUUCCAGUGUUUGCUAUCGCUCCACUACUGGUGCUAUGGUUCGGCUUCGGUAUCGCCUCGAAAGUGAUCAUGGCAGCACUGAUUGUAUUCUUCGCAAUUGUGCUGAAUACACUCGAUGGCUUGAAAUCCACUGAUCCAGAUACAGUAAACCUGUUCCGAAUUUUGCGAGCGACCCGAUGGCAGAUACUUUGGAAAGUACGCAUCCCGUCGGCACUGCCGUUUAUCUUUUCAGGUGCAAAAAUAGGCAUUUCGAUCUCUACGAUUGGCGCGGUUAUCGGUGAAUGGGUGGGCGCAAAGGCAGGACUCGGAUACCUUAUGCUGUAUGCGAAUGGACAACUCCAAAUUUCACUCGUAUUUGCAGCUAUUUUUUGCUUAACGAUUUUAGGUUUAAGUCUCUUCGGACUGAUGACACUGUUGGAGCGGUACGCAAUGCCGUGGCGGCAGCAUCAAUACGAACAGGUCAAAUGUCCGGUAAGCGUGUCACUCGCAUAUCGGAGAGGAAAAAAGGAAAAUUCUCAUGAAAACAGCAAUUUGCUUAAUGUUUCUCAUUAG